UGUCGGCAACAAAUUUAUUAUAAAUAGCUGAUCUAAAGCAAAUUAUAGCUUCCACCGCCAUAUUCACUUCUCUUUUCCUCUACUUAAAUUUCCAUAAGAAAUUCUGUAAUGGAGAUUCAGCCAUCUUCCCAGCUCGGACUUGAGGAAGUUGAACGCCAAUCUGUUGAUUAUCAUCCAAGUAUUUGGGAAGACUUUUUCAUAAAAAAUCCCCCCGUCUCACAAGAAAAGCUGGUAAUGGCAUUUGUAAAGCUUCGAAAUGAUGAGCUGAAGACCGAGGUAAGGAAAAUGCUCGUGGAUGCCACUGAUACCUUGCAAUCGCUCGAGCUAAUUGACAGAAUCCAACGUCUCGGAGUAGCAUAUCAUUUUGAAAAAGAAAUCAACGAACAAUUACUCAGAAUUCAUAAUACAUACUUUGACAGCAAUGAUUUAUACGCAGUAGCUCUCCACUUUCGAAUUUUGAGGCAGCAAAGAUACUACAUAUCCUGUGAUGUGUUUGAAAAGUUUUGUGAGGAGAAAGGAGAAUUCAGGUGUUCACUUAGCUCCAAUGUAAAUGCCUUACUAAGCUUAUAUGAGGCAGCUUAUCUUUCUUUGCCCGGUGAAGAAAUAUUGGAUAAAGCAAAAAUAUUCUCAAAACCUUUACUCAAAACAUCUUUAUGCAAUUUGGAAAAGCAUUUGGCAAUGAUGGUUUCAGCGGCUUUGGAUGUGCCAUUGGUCAGAAGAGUAGAUCGGCCAAGGACCAAGCUUUACUUGUCAAUCUAUAAAAACGAUAGCUUGUUCAAUAAACUGUUGCUCGAUUUCGCUAAAUUGGACUUCUUUAUAUUGCAAACUCUCUAUCAAGAGGAAGUUAGGAGUUUAUCCAUAUGGUGGAAAGAUUUAGGUUUGGCGAAGUGUUUUCCAUUCUCACGGGAUAGAAUAGUAGAGUUAUCGUUUUGGUUAAUUUCGGUGCACCAUGAGCCAUUCUUAUCACGUGUAAGAAACAUGCUGACAAAGUUGCUGGCACUACUUUCUCUUACGGAUGAUAUUUAUGAUAAUUAUGGGACCGUUGAAGAGCUUGAGCUUUUUACCAAUGUAAUCAAGAGUUGGGAAAUUGAAGCUGUUAGCAUGUUGCCCAAAUACAUGCAACCAUGCUUCCUAGCAUUUCACAAAACCAUCAAUGAAUUUGAAAGAGAGCUAGAACAAGAGCAAUAUUCCUUUCGGGUACAAUACCUUAUAGAAGAGAUUAAAAAGAUGGCUCAAGCAUAUUAUGAAGAAGCUAAGUGGUCUAGUGAAUUAUAUGUGCCCAAACUAAAAGAUCAACUAAAGGCUUCCCUUGCUACAGCUGGGCAUUCUGUUAUCUCAUGUGCAUCAUAUAUGGCCAUGAGAGAGGACAUUCCAGAGAAUUUGUUUGAAUGGGUAACAAGUAUGCCUGCAAUAAUGACAUCUAGUUCUUUGAUUGGUAGAGUUAUGAAUGACCUUGCCUCAUGUGAGUUUGACCAAAGUAAGGGACAAGUUGCUUCAACUGUCCAAUGUUAUAUGGUUGAGCACAAAAGCUCCAAGGAAGAAGCACGCAUGAAGCUUAUGGAGAUGGUAGAGGAAGGAUGGAAAAUAAUAAAUAGAGAGUUCAUGUUUUCAACCAUUUCAAUAGCUUUAAUUCAAACAAUCAUAAACAUUACUAACUUUAAUGUGUUGGUUUACAAAGAUAAAGACCAUUAUACCAACUCUAACACGAUUAUGAAAGAUUAUAUCAUGGACGUGCUGGUUGAGACAGUUGAGUUAGAUUUAUAGGCUACACAUAACAUCUUUUAUUAUUCUUUAGAAAUCCCUCGAGCAUUUUACUUUUCAGUGCAAGGACAGUUCAAUGUUAUUUAGAGUUGAAGUAUGUAAUAUGUUUAGCCUUUGAUAGUAAUUGUUAAGCCCUAUUGAUGAUUUUUAUUGUCUCAUUUGCCAAGAAAUUUGUAUGAAAGCUAGCUUUUACAUUUUUGGUUAUUCUUCCUCCAUGAGUGAUAUAUCACAUCACGGAUUCACCUUAAUAGGAUAAAUAAUUUCGGUACACGUUUUUC